GGAGGAACUAUACGUGGACGACAAAUAGAAGAUCACGGCCAUGCGCCAAACGUAAAGGUGUCCUGUGUUCCAGCCUCUUCUAGAUCCUUCGUGUCGAGAAUCGAAAAUACAAGAAUAUCUUAGAAGAUUCUUUCUCUACCCAGCGUUCCCUUAAUUUAAAUUAGAACUUGCCUUAUCUUUUUCACCUACUAGUCGGAUAAUUCUUCUUCUUCUAAAGGCAAAAAUUCUGUUGCUUCUUUGAAAAGCUACAACAGUCUUGAAAGUCGCAGCGAAUUGUGAAUCCUGAGAUCUCUGAGAGAAAAUGAGCACAGUUGUGGAUGCGGUGAACCAACUUCUCCACUUCCCAGAAUCCAUUGAAAGGGUAGUGUAUCCGUCCCGCUCGCAUGAGACAAGUGAGAACAGGGGUGUGAGUAGCAUACCAGUCGACAUUCUCGAUUCCCCAAAGGAGUACAUUUUCUACAUGGACGUUCCUGGGUUAUCUAAGUCUGAAAUUCAGGUGACUGUGGAAGAUGAAAACAUACUAGUGAUACGAAGCAAUGGGAAAAGGAAGCGUGAGGAGAGCGAGGAAGAUGGGUGCAAGUACGUGAGGUUGGAGAGGAGGCUACCUCAGAAAUUGAUGAGGAAGUUCAAACUGCCUGAGAACUGCAAUGUUUCAGCUAUUACUGCUAAAUGUGAGAAUGGAGUGUUGGCUGUGGUAGUUGAGAAGCUUCCUCCACCACCUAAGCCUAAGACUGUUAAAGUUGCAAUUUCAUGAAUUUUAGUUAUUAUCAAUGUACAUUUAUCGUAAUUCAGCUUUGUCAUGGAAUGAAAUGUAUCUCCGUUCAGUAGUAUUUAUGGUGAUCUUUGCAUUUUCCUUAACUA